AUGUCUUGCUACCCAACCCAGGACUGUAUUCCUGAUAUAUGCCCACGUCCAUAUAUUGACGUCCGCAAUGAGCCGUGUAUCUCAUCAUGCGGAGAUUCGACUGCAGUGGUCUAUGCGCCACCAGUUGUUGUGAGAUUCCCAGGACCAGCUAUGGCUACUUGUCCUCAAGACAGCUUCGUCGGAACCGCCUUAUCAAACUUGCCACUUAGACCUGUGGGCUCAUCUGGUGCUGGUGGAGGUUUCAGUGGGUCAAUCGGUUCUGGGGGUAGUUACAGUGGUGGUUUUGGAGGAGGUUACAGUGGUGGCUAUGGGGGAGGUAACAGUGUUGUUUAUGGGGGUGGAGCUGGGGGUGGUUAUGGGGGUUGUUAUGGAGGCUCAUACGGUUCUGGGGGUUCACGUGGUUAUAGCAGGAAGUCAUAUCGUAGCAUUUCUGGGGGAGGAUAUUCUGGAUUCAGCCGUGGAAACUGUGGGCCAUGUUAA